UCCAUACUCUAUCUUUUGCUUUCCUCAUCCACGCCACCAUGUCUUCCUGCUGCGGUAACAACAAGAACGGAUGCUGCAAGGGCAACAACGCCCAGGCCAGUGCCAGCACCGACGCCUCCGUCCCCCUCCUCAGAGGCAACAAGACAAACCAGUCCGGCCCCAACGCCAACGCCAGCAACUAUGGUUCUGUCUGGUCAGUCAACAGCAGCAACACCGCUACCUCCGACAGGGCCCAGCAGCUCCAGACCGUCCUCGGCGACUCGGAACCCUUGGGAAGCAAGUGUAGUGCUCAUGAGAGCGGUGGACAGUGCUGCAAGGACCUCAAGGGCGAAGACGAGAGACAUCUAAUCAGCCCCGAGAUUGUCCGUGACGUGUAAGUGCAUGGUACAAGCCCCCGCAAACAUGGCUGACCUAGUCAUUCGCUCCUUUGUGCUCCACUUCAAUUAUACAACCAAUAGCAUCAUUGGCCUGUCAGAUGGACUCACCGUUCCCUUCGCCUUGACCGCUGGUCUCUCCUCCCUCGGUAGCUCUUCUUUGGUCGUCACUGGUGGUCUCGCCGAGCUCUGUGCUGGUGCCAUCUCUAUGGGUUUGGGUGGUUACCUUGCCUCCCAAGCUGAACUCGACCACUUCCACUAUCUCCGCCGCCAGACUCAUGCCCGUGUCCUUCGGUCAUGCUCUGGUGAAAUGGAGCGUGAAAUCCACUCUAUUCUUGGUCCUCUUGGUGUAAAGGAGACCCUUUCGCGACUCGUCGCUGAAGAUCUCCGGGCUGUGGAGGAAGACAUUUACGGUACCGACGAGACUGUCGGUGUCGAAGGUGUCGUCACUCAAUCAGGCCGUGUGACUCCCAUUGAUUCCAAGAGGAGCUGGAACCCUCUCAGCUGGAGGAAGAAGCACGUCGAGGAAGAGAGCGGUGGCUUUGAGGGUACCGAGGACAUGGGCAUGACUGCUUUCCUGUUAAAAUUCGGUGAAGGCAUGGAGGAAGUCCCCGUCUCCCGACUGUACAUCUCUGCUCUCACUAUCGGUCUCUCCUACUUUAUCGGUGGUCUCAUCCCCCUCAUCCCCUACAUGGCCACCUCUUCCGCUGAAGACGGUCUCGUCGCCUCCGCCAUCAUCACCUGUAUCAUUCUCUUCAUCUUUGGCGGUUUCAAGACCUACUUUACCGGUGCCACCGGCGGUUGGUCUGGAUACGUCUAUGGAGCUGUUAGCACGAUGAUUGUCGGUGGUUUCGCGGCCGGGUCGGCCUUUGGGCUGGUCAAGGUCAUGGGCGUUCAGGAAUAAGCGGAUUGGACGAACAGUUUCAUUCAUGCCACUGGUCAGAUUGCAUGGGUCCAAUGGGCUUGUUGGACCCAUCGGCCAUGAGUCUUCUAUCUUUUUUUUCAACAUUGAUCAUCAUUCUACAUAUGUACAAUUACAAUUAGCUGGUUGUGCAGCACUACACCGACGAUGCAACCAUAGACAUUCUCUUUCGGGAGUACAAGAGGUGACACAAUUGAAAAGGAAGGUUCAAAGCGCGCAGGUCAGAAACAAAUGCGAGAUCAUGCAUGCUUC